AUGGGGAACCCAACAAUCGUCUUCAUCACCGGCGUAGGGAAAGGCAUCGGAGCCACCCUGGCCCGCAUCUAUCUUGCGAGGCCGAACCAUGCUGUCAUCGGAAGCAUCCGCGAUGAGACCACAGAAGAAGUCGCCGAGCUCAAGAAGUUCCCCGCGGCCAAAGGCACCAAGCUUCUCCUUGUCCACAUCGACAGCGCGUCUCUCGACGACCCUCAGAAAGCGUUGAGCAAGAUCCAAGAUGCAGGCAUUGACCACAUCGACGUGGUCAUCGCCAACGCCGGUGGAUACCCGCCCGUGGUCGAGCUGGACAGUGUCUCGCGCAAGGAUCUGCUGAGCUGCUUCGAGGUCAACGCUGCAGCGCCGCUGCUGCUCUUCCAGACCUUCAAGCCCCUUCUCCAGAAGGCCAGCGCGCCCAAGUGGAUUGCCAUCUCCACGAGCGCCGGAUCUGUCGGCUACAUCGGCGUCAUCGGCUCGCACAUCCUCCCUGCCUAUGGUGCCUCUAAGGCCGCGUUGAACUGGCUUACACAGUCGAUCCACUUCCAGAAUGAAUGGCUCACGGUUGUGGCCCUGCACCCAGGUCUUGUUCAAACGGGUCAAGGGAACUGGGUGGCUCGCAAGGUCGGUCUGGAGCAGGCCCCAACCACUACGGACGAAAGCGCUUUGAGCAUUGUCAAAGUGAUCGACGAUGCUACACGUGAGGCUACCUCUGGAAAGUUCAUCAGCGCAGUGGAUGGAACUGAAGUCCCUUGGUAA